AUGGCUGAGAGCGCGGGCUACGACAAGGUCCCAGACGAGUGGAUUCGCCCGAAGUCGUGGCCACCGAGGAGAAGCCCAGAUGCACCUCACGUCGUCCUCUCCACGAAGUUCCAAGAGCCAUGGAAGACAAUCUCGAUCGGAAUCAAAGAGAUCCUCGAGGAACUGGGCUGCACCGUGUACAAUCCCAAUACCGACAACAAGGAAGUGUGGAAGGAGGAAGCCGACUCCCGCUGGCUCCUCACUUUCCAGGAGAACUUGGAUCGCAUCGAGAAGAGCAAAAGGGGCUUCGUGCUCCAGAUCCAGCAGGGUGUGAUCCGGGAGAAAUCGUAUAUGCAGAUCUCGGAGGAGAAGAUGGGGAAGAAGUGGCAAGUCCCCCGCAUGGGCCUCUUCGCCUUUGCGACCACCAAAAUUCGAGGAGGCGGCACCCGGUGCGAGGAGAAGCUGGCCCUAGCAGUCAAGAAGGCCACGGAGCAGUGGGAGCAAGGCGUCAAGGACGAUGUGCAGAUGGUCUCAGAGUGGCACGAACCGAUCGCGGGAGACCGCGAGCUGCCCCUCAACGACAAGGGCCGAAUCGACGGCCGGGCGCGGUGCACGUGGCCGAGCGGCAAUGUGCACGAGGGAGACUACGAGAAUGGCCUGAGGCAUGGCACGGGGACGAACACGUCUGCGGGCGGCGACGUCUACGUCGGGGAGUACAAGGACGACAAGAAGAACGGCAUGGGGACGCACACAUAUGCGGACGGCGACGUCUACGUCGGGGAGUUCAAGGACGGCCAGAAGAACGGCACCGGGACGCACACAUAUGCGGACGGCGACGUCUACGUCGGGGAGUGGAAGGACGGCAAGAAGAACGGCACCGGGACGCACACAUAUGCGGACGGCGACGUCUACGUCGGGGAGUGGAAGGACAGCGAGCAGAACGGCACCGGGACGCACACAUAUGCGGACGGCGACGUCUACGUCGGGGAGUGGAAGGACGGCGAGGAGAACGGCACCGGGACGCACACAUACGCGGACGGCGAGGUCUACGUCGGGGAGUGGAAGGACGGCGAGGAGAACGGCACCGGGACGCACACAUACGCGGACGGCGAGGUCUACGUCGGGGAGUGGAAGGACGGCGAGAAGAACGGCAAGGGAAUGUACACGUAUGCGGGCGGCGAGGUGGAGGUGGGCUUCUACGAGGAGGGCGAGGACAAGGGCCGCGGUGUGAGGCUCAGCGCGGACGGCAAGACGGCUUGGCUCUGCAUGGAUGGCGAAGAAGAGCGCGAGGUCUCCGUCGCCGAGGCUCGGAAGCUGGCCGAGGAGCUCGGGCUGCCGCCCCUUCCCUGA